UACGGAACCGUUGCAGGUGCUGGGGAGUCCAGGCCUGGCAAUGGCAUCUUGAAUGGAAACGACGAGUCGCAAGCUCUGCUGGGACGAAAACCAAAGUCCAAGUCUUGGUUGCGCAAAAAGCUCGUUGUUGAUGCUCGUCGGGACUGGGCCGAUGUCAUGCUUCUCGGAUGCUACAUCAUCACAGGUAUCCUUGAUAGCGCUUCCAUUUCGACUUGGGGAGCAUUUGUUUCCAUGCAGACAGGGAACACGGUCUAUCUUGGUCUAGGCCCAACAGCUGGAACAAACCGAUGGAAAAAGUCAGGCUCCUCUAUCCUGGCUUUCUGCAUUGGGUCGUUCUUCUUUAGCCGCCUUCAUCGCAUGUUCUCGCCUUCACCAACUCGGAAAUGGGUCUUGUGUCUGUCAUUCGCUAUACAGACACUGUUUGUGGCAGGGGCUGCAGCCAUCGUUACUUGGGGACCCAAGGGUGCCGGCCCUGAUGAUGUCCCCUGGUACGUCAUCACCCCCAUCGCCUUGGUUGCCUUCCAGAGCUGUGGACAGGCUGUCGCGAGUAGGGCAUUGAAGUUCAACGCUCUUACUAGCGUUGUGCUAACAAGCAUCUACUGUGACUUGUUCUCUGAUGCUGCGCUGUUUGAAAGCGUCUUUGUCAAUGCAGAGAGGAACCGGCGGGUUGCAGCACCAUCUCUUCUUCUCAUUGGUGCCAUUAUCGGGGGAUUGGUCCAAAAGAGCGAAUUUGGGACUGCAGGAGCAUUGUGGCUUGCAGUUGUCCUCAAAUUCAUUAUCAUGUGUGGUUGGGCAGCAUGGCCUGCCGAACAGGGG